CUUGCAGCAAGAGAGACAAAUGACAUUACCUGUUAUUUUUCACGUUUCCUAUGAAUGUUCUCUACAAACUUCCUAAACUAUGAUCCAUUGCUUUACCACACAGUAGAAUAUGAAACUUAUUCAAAAAAGUUUUGAUGGAAUAGUUUGUGUUUAGAAACUGAAAUCUUAUUUAUUGGUAAAUAAUCUGUCCUAUAGCAUUACAAAGGCUUUUUGAAUGAGUUGUCAUUGGUUUUGUGUUUUAAUGUUGUGAUUUAUUAUAUGCAUGUCUGUGAGUGCUGAUAAUGAUAAUCAGAUAGUAAACAGUAGUAUAUUAUCAGUCAAGGCCUUUGAAAUGAAUAAAGGUAUAUAUAUGCCUGUAUGAGGGCAUGCCAUUAUGAAGGUCUUGUUAGCAUAUCUGUCUUGGACGUGAGCCACACUGCGGUCAAAAAGAAUCUGGAAUGUUGUGGUUGUGGUCUCAUGUUAUAUCUGGAAAUUCUGGUGAUCAUAUUUGCUUUCAGGUUGGUAAACCAAAUAUCUGACUUGUACUUUGUUGCAUUCUUAGAAUAUAUUUUUAUUGACCAAAUAAGCCAAACUUUUCGAGAUAUUACAUAACUCGCUGCGUUAAGCCACUGGUUUUCAUGCAUCAUUUUUUAUUUGAGAACAAGAUAAUGGAUCAUUCCUAGCAUGCCUUCAUGAUUCUACUUAAAUGCUUUCCUCCCUUUCUUUUUGAUUAUUGUUGUCUUACUGUUGGUUGUCUAGUCUGGCUCUGUGUCGGUUCAGGAGGACUCAUUAUCCACUAAAGGGUCAGAACUUCCCAAUCUUGUGGUGACUAAGAGCCUUACAGUCCCUUCUGUCCCAGUCCCAGAAGCAGAGGUAUCUGAACGCAGCUCUCCUUCCUCUAAUUGUGCACCACUUCUGCUAGAACUCCACAUUGUUGAGGAAUCAACAACUGUAGCUCAAAUGUCCAGCUCCACGGUGAUCUGCACUUCCUCCAAGACCCAUUCGGAUAAACCACUGGUAGUUUCUAGUGCAAAGAGUCCAGCCCCUGAGUCUCGUUCAUCACCAGAACCAUCUGCAAAAACUUCAAGCCUUCCGGCAUCAAGUUUAAACAAACGUGAAAUCAGUUCACCCAAGACCGUCCAUCUGAAAUCCUCAAGUCCCGUUUUGGUUUCCAAAAACAGUCCACCUGUGGUAGCAAAGGCCUCCUCACCAGUUACCAUUCAAAGGAUUUCUAGCCCAGUGGCUAAAAGCCCCAGUCCACCAGAGGUUAUGAAGAGCUCAAAUCGAUUUGUCGAUGUGAAAAGUCCUAGUCCUGUAACAAUUGCUAAAACCUCUAGUCCAGUCAUGGUAAGAAAGAGCCCAAGCCCCAUUACAGCUGUUAAAGCAACCAAAAGUCCAGUUCCUGGAGUCCUUGCCAAGAGCCCAAGUCCUGAGCCAGGGAUUACUAGCAAGAGUCCAGUGCCAACUCUCAUUACACUACCCGCUCCUCCAGUUUCAACCCUAACAUUAACUUCCAAGCCUUCCAAAGGGAAACCUGAGACCUCUGAACCUGGCAUAUUGGGAAUAAGUCUUCCUUGCCCCAAGCCUCUACUGGAGGAAGCUCUGGACAAGCUGUUGACGUCCGGUCUUUCCCAACCAGAGCCAGUGAAACUGCUUGAAGGAUAUCCUGCCUCACCGGAAAUGAACGAUGACAUUCUGGCACUUCUUCAUCAAUGGACGCCACAGGGUGGCUAUAAAGACACACAAAUCCCCUUAACUGAGAUAAGUUGGACAGACGACAUCUUAAACCCUGGAGCGUCAAAUGUUUCUCUGGACCUUCCACUUCUGCAGCCAUCAGCGGUUGAAAGGCUCUCCGCUUCUGGACAACUUAAAUCGGUCAUCAGACGCACAAAGGAAACGUCCAAUGUUCACCCAAUGUUUCGUGAUGGCCACAUGCGCAGAAAAAUGGGCCCGCUCAUUCUCAACAAGAGUAACAGGCAAGAUCUACUCAUUGAAGAGCUGCAAGGGAAACUGGGAAUCGGUCGCACUGAGCGGCCACGAAAACGGCCAGAUGAUUGGCUUACGGAAGGGGUCAUUGUCUGUUCCAACCCACAGCGCUUAAGAGAGGAAGGUGGUGUAUCACCAACGGUUGAUAAGAUCAUCAUUCCUCCAGACUCACCCAGUCCUCUGAAAAAUGUCCUAACCCAUCCUGCCCCCAAAAAGCCAGUGCCUGUGGUACAGAUGCCACCUCCUCUCCCCCCACCACCUCCACCUCCUAGGGAGCCCUCUCCUCCUCCUCCUCCUCCUCCUCCUCCUCCUCCUCCUCCUCCUCUUCCCGCUCCUCCAGUUCCAGCCCCACCUCCACCUAAAGACCCUACCCCUCCUCCAUCCCCUCCACCCAAACCUGUGACCCCGCCCCUUCCACCAAAGGUUUUAUCAUCUGUGGGCUGCCAAACGGAAUACGAACCUCUUUUUCCACCGGUACAGGCAUGAACUUGCUCUCUGUUUAUCUGCAUCUGAUCCGAGCUUGCAUCUUUGUCAUAAGGGUUCGCACGGUCAUGGAAAGCAUGGAAAUACCAGGGAAUUUGAUAGGCCUGGAAAAGUCAUAGAAAUUAAUAAAAAGUCAUAGGAAACUGGUUGUUUGUUGGGUUAGUGUAGAGUAAAACUGGUUCACAAGCCAUAGUGAAUCAUUCAAGCCAAGUCACAUUUAUAUAGCGCAUUAUAGACCUUAUGCACCAGAAAAACAAGCGCGCAGCCAUUUGAAUUUUGUGUUUGAACUUGCUUUAGCUCUGUAUUUCUAUGGCAUCACUGUCAAAGAGUACCACGUACUCUUACGUGCUUGUGAAGUGGAUUUACUUACUGUAGAGUUACAGUAGUUAUUGAAGGUUAUCAUGAGCAUUGUAAAGUUUGAAGCAGGUGCCAUAACAAAUGACAGUAGACCAGGAAGAUUUUAAAACGAGCAGUUCAUUCAUAAAUCUGUAAGAUCUUACCUUCAUGCUGUGGAAAUACAAACCGAAAGACAGAACACAUCAAGUGCAGCACUGAAAAGGAGCAGGGCUACAUAAGGUCUAUACUAUACAGAUUGUGUCAAAGCAUCUUCACAUUAAUAAAAUAAAUGUUAAUGAUGCAGAAGUCAUCAAUUAUGAAACCAAUUCAAUUUCAGCUGUAAAGGAGCUCUAAAAAGACAAUAGUGUCAUUAUUUAGCUCAAGUCAGUUCAGAGUUGAUUCAGUUCAGUUCAAUAACAGUGUUGAUGUUGCAAAGUUAGUGCUUGUUUAGUUAAAGGAGACCUAUUAUGCCCCUUUUUACAAGAUGUAAAAUAAGUAUAUGAUGUCCCCAGAGUGUGUAUAUGCAUUUUUAGCUCAAAAUACCCCACAGAUCAUUUUUAUAGCAUGUUAAAAUUGCCACUUUUUGGGGGUGAGCAAAAACGCGCCAUUUUUGUGUGUCCACCCCUUUAAAUGCAAAUGAGCUGGUGCUCCCGGCCCUUCUUUCAAGAAGAGGGCAGGGCUCCAAGAGCUCAUGCUCCGGCAUACCGGUGUAGGACAGAUUGCCUGAACAUCAGCAACAACAAAACAGGACAAUCUCACGCGCUGAAAAUGUCAGAAACUGUCAGUAGUGGUGUUUAGCCUUGUGGAGUCGUUGAAAAUACUCUCAUUUGUGAAGCAGUCUGGCGCAAAAUGAUUGGCACAAACUUAUAAGACUUUACCUUCUUUUAUAUUAAUUGUCUUUUAAACCCCAACUGAGCAAGCAAACUCCACCAGGUGACUGUAGUGGAAAAAACCUUAGGAGAUACCUAAUUGAAUGAUCAUUGAAAGAGUGGAUUGUUUUCAAGUGAAUCUGUUGAAUAAAUCGGUCUGAAUGAAUCUUUAGUGAAUCAUUCUGAAUUUGAAUGUGAAUGUAAAAGUGAAUGAUUCCUAUCCAGUAAUCACAAACUACUAGAAAUGUCAUGAAAAACAUUUUGAAAAUUGUUUGGUCAGAUAGACCCUGUGUCUUUUCUGUCCAUUCUUUCAUGGUUUCUAGCAUGUUGCUUAUUGAGUGCAAGCUGUUAUGUGUUUGACCUCCAAACAGCGCUCACACUAGGAGUGUCUCAGCAUUUAUUAAAUAUUUUGCUGGUGCCAACAUGUCCCAUGAAGACAGUCUGUUUUCCCUUGUUUUUCCUUUGGAUUCCUGGAACGUGAGCAAAUUCUGUUGCCAACGAAGUUGGUUAUCAAUUACAGUUGCCUUUUAAAGUGGAAAUGGAACAGUCAGUCAAGUUGACAUUAUGUAGUAAAUGGAUUUCCACUAUUUUCAUCACUUACCAAGUAGUCCAACUUCCUUACUUACUUUUCUCCAAGUUAUCUCCUUUUUUUCUGAUCUCUACAUGAAUAAAAUGUCAUAAAUUCCGGGGUGCCUGCAGAUGGCUACAAUAAUGCUCUCCUCCAUUUUCUGAUACAACCGGACGUGUCAAUAAGCUCUUCGCUGACUGGCUUGCGUGAAAACACAUCAUGCGAAUUUCCUGCUGGAGUUGAAACUUUUCGAGGUGAAUAUCACGCAUUCGCGGCAAAUCGUGUUGCCCAAUUCGCGUCUAUUCGCGUCUUUGCAUUGACUUUGUAUGUGAUCUACGCAAAUAAUUGAAUUUGCUUUCGGUGUGCAUACACCAUAAGAGUUUUAUUACGUUUGUUGCCAUCUAUGCUUGUGUUCUUCCUGUUUUUUGGUAGAUUUUUGACACUGAAACAAGUCUGCCAAAAUUGUGUAAAAUGCUGCAGAAUGAACCAGGCUUAAUGCUGCAAGUUAAAAGUCAGGCUGCGCUGAAGUACUUCAGAAGUAGCUUGUUUAAGUGUGAGAUCAUAAGCAGAAAUAACAGGAUGUGCAGGUUGCUAUUUUUGCUUUGUGAAUAAUGCUUCUGUGUCACAGUUCUUUGAAUUGUGAGAACAGAGAUGGGGAUACUGUUACAACAGCACUUUUUGACCCUUGGCCUUGCUUGGUCUGUCAUCUGAUUAUGUAUUUAACACCUUCUUGGUCCUGUUGUAUUUAGGGAAGGGUACGCAGAGAACAUGAUAUUGGUUUCCUUAGAUUAGUAAAGCAGACAUGAUUCAAAAGCCUUUCCAUUUAUGUCAAAUAAACUGAAACAUAAAAUUGCAAAUGUUGCAUAAAAUCUAACCAGAUUUGCUGUUUAUGUAUAGUAACUAGCCUAUUUCUUGUUUGUGCAGGAUCAUGUAUCUCUGCUGGCUGUUGAUUUGCUUUCAAGGCUGUGAAAUAAGACAAAUGCAGUAAACAUUUCCAUUGCCAUAGCAAUGCAUGGUAAUUCAAUUGAUUCCAAAUAAGUGAUAGAGUGUUUCAGCGAAGCUGAGAACUACUUUAUGUGUUGAACUACUAGUGUAGGUUAAAAACCACUAACAUCCUGUAAUGGAUUGGCUAAUAAAUGAUGCGGUUAAAUGUGUGCAAUUCAACGUCUCCAGUCCUGUUUGUUUGAAGGAAAAAGCUCUUGAUGUACAUGCUGAUUGAUUAGGAGUUUGAAAAUACCCUUUUCACAUAGCGAUGGUUAUAUUGGAUAAUUUUUCAGUCAAGGGAGACUUAAAAACUAAAGUUAUAAAAUAAAAAUAAAGUUGAUUGACCAUAGUGGAGCACACAAAAAUAUUUGAACUACUACACUCCAUACUAGGGCUACAUUCAUAUUGACGUCUCAGUGUUGAGUUCUCCAAAAACAAGUCAGGUAUCAGUGGAUGGUGUGGCUUCAAAUCCUGCAUGUGUUUAGCCAUGAAUUAUCAACAUUGUGAUAUUGAUCAAGGCACUAAACCUUUGGUACUCCAGAAAGAUUGAUCUGGUAAAAAGUGAAUUGAAAGUCGCUUUGGAUAAAUGCAUCUGCUGAAUGACUAAUUGGUAGUAAUUAGUUAUGUGUACCAAGUAGAAAGUGUUUAACAUAAACAAAGCUGCUUGUUUUGUGUCUGUGUGUGCAGAGUGGGAUUUGCUUCCACAUUUUCUUUGCUUUAAAACAUGAAACAGACUUUAAAACAUGAAAAUUCUUUUCCU